UCCGCCGUCAACAGGCUUUCAUUGUGCGGUUACCGUUUGGAAAAGUAAGUUGUUCUUUUUUUUGCUCGAAAUCAACAUGAACCCCAUCGAAAUUACCAACUUUGGCGCCGUUGUCCAGUGCCCUUACAACAAAUCGCACACUAUUCUUGCGCAGCGUUUUGUGAAGCAUCUGAUCAAGUGCCGGCGCCAACAUCCAAAUGCCAAGAUCGCUAUCUGCCCGUUCAACAGCUCCCACCACGUUAAUGAGCAGGAGAUGAAAGUGCACACGACGACUUGCCCCGAUCGGGGACAAAUCGAAUCGUUCAUGUAUCCGAUCGGGUGUCUGGCAAAUCCGUCGAUGGAUAGUACGCCAGUUCCGUCUGACCAAUGCGUAGCUGGUGGAUUGAUCGAUAGUACGCUGGUUCCGUCCGGAACUGGUAUACCGGAUGAGGCGGCACACUGCUCUACGUCCGAUUCAUUGUGUGAGGAGGAAAAUUGGGACGACAUGGAUGAGCCGCCCUACAAUCCGCAAGAGUAUUGCGAGCGCAAUCUGAUCAUCCGGAAGGCGACUCAAAAGACAAAAUUUCAAAGACAACAAUUUCGUGAGGCAGAAAGGAAACGUUUUGAAAUGCUGAAAAAUCGUGACGCUUUUGUUAAAAAAUCGUGAAACAUGAUGUGUGUAUGUGUUGGAAACCCCCGAAAAGGAGAUAUUUGGAGAUCGUUUUUCAUAUUGUUGCAAAUAAUUUACAGCAGCGAGUCCCUCUUUUACGGAACAAGUAGAAAUGCAGACGGGUGAAACGAUACACCGACAGCAACCACUGUAUCCAUCACAAA